GAUAUAGUCACUCGCCAACUCGCGAUACGUUAUGCCGACAAAUACAGUGCACAGAUCAUUCUUGUUGUCGUCAGUUGCCGUCGAAUCUCCUGUUACCGUUUCUUCCUGCAUUUAAAACAACCACCGACGUCUCGUUCCUGAUACGCUACUCGCAGCGUUCGAACAAAAUUCACGUGUGUGGUAACUCAUCGCGUGUCUUCGAUUACAUCUUUGACUACUUGUUUCUACUGUGACAAUUUUUCUUCCGCGGUGAGAUUUUGAUGUUUUGUUAUUGUGAGCAAUGAAGUUCUUGACAUGUGUUUUUUGUGAAUAGAGUUGCAUCUUGUAAGCUCUUGGUUUGUGUUUCUUUUUGUGACUUUCGAAAUAUUCUUGGAUUUAUUAACGUUUUGUAAUUUCACUUCAUUUUAUCAAUAGUACUAAGACUAAGACCAAUAUUUCUACUAAAAGGACAUAGCACAAGGACUACAAUUCCAGUGAGUGCCGUCUUAUUCUCAAUACUUCCUAAUUUUAUUAAUGGACUGAUAUAGUCAAUUUACUACCACAUUAUCAUGGCUGUCACGCUGUAUUCAAACGUCAAACUAGACUGCACUGGUAUGGGUGAAGGUAAUGGUAUAAUUGAUCAUCAUGACCUUCACGGAACCUUGGUGCCUAUCAAUGGUAGUCAUUCCGGAUCUUCUGGUCGCAGUACCCCAAACAAUUCCAAUGAUCCCGCUCCUGGAAAACUCUUUGUUGGCGGAUUGAGUUGGCAAACUUCCAGUGAAAAACUCAAGGAAUAUUUUGGAAUGUUCGGCAACGUUACUGAUGUAUUGAUAAUGAAAGAUCCUGUUACUCAGAGAAGUCGAGGUUUUGGUUUCAUCACAUUUUCAGAACCAUCUAGCGUAGAUAAAGUUCUAAAAGUACCAAUCCACACCUUAGACGGCAAAAAGAUUGAUCCGAAACACGCUACUCCCAAAAAUAGACCAAAACAACCGAACAAAACGAAAAAAAUCUUUGUUGGAGGCGUUAGUCAAGACACAUCAGCAGAUGAAGUUAAAGCUUAUUUCAGUCAAUUUGGUAAAGUCGAAGAAACUGUGAUGUUAAUGGAUCAACAGACUAAAAGACACAGAGGAUUCGGAUUCGUGACAUUUGAAAAUGAAGACGUUGUCGAUAGAGUGUGCGAGAUACAUUUUCACACUAUCAAAAACAAAAAGGUGGAAUGUAAAAAAGCUCAGCCUAAAGAAGCAGUUCAAGCGAGCGCUCAACUCUUAGGUAAACGAUUAAUGCUCACAGGAUUGGGCAUGCGUGCCAUAGCUCCAGCUCCCGGAGUUUUAGCUACAGUUAAUCCGCUAGCUACAGCUCAAGCGCAAGCACAUGUUCAAGCCGUACAAGCUGCAGCAGCUGCCGCUCAAGCUCAACCGUUGGCCUUAGCUGCAUAUGGAAAAUUGUUUGGAGCUUACCCUCACUUAGCAAGUUACCGUUAUUCACCUUAUCCAUUGACAGCUGUUAGCGCUGCGCCAGGGAGCACGCAAAAUCCUGCACCACCACCCGCGGCUGCCCCAGCACCUGCAGCUUUAGCUCCUCCUGUUGCAGCCAGCCCAUACCAAGGAUACAACUUGACAAAUGUGGAUAUGUCAUCUUUCCAAGGAGUGGAUUGGGGAUCCAUGUAUGGUGUUGGCAUGUACGUCUAAGUACUCAUAUAUUGUUGUUUACUGUUUUGUAUUAGUUUACUGUGAAAGGACUUCCAGGAAAAAAACGAUACAUUUCCAGUAGGAAUAUUAUUUUGCAUCUGCUAAUAUAAUUUUUAUCAUCUUGGCUUAUGUUAGGUGAAAUAUUUAUUAUUCACGACUGCCUUGAUUUAGCAGUUCUUUAUAUCAAUUUUGACAAUAAUAAUCUGAAAGUUGUAUGCUUAUUAUAUAAAUUGUAGCUGCUGCUCAAUUUCUAUAGCAUGAUAAAUUUGUUGGUGAUUCCUAUAAAAAUAAAAUCAUUUGUAUUAGUCCGAAUUCUUUUUUCGGUGUUGAAAAAUUUGCUCAAUAUUGUAUGAAAAUUUAAAUUAGGGCAUAUGAGUAUACAUAUACUUCUAUUAGCAGAUGCAAGAUACUAAUUCCCAUUCUUUCAAUUGUCAAUGGCGGCGUCUCGUGCCUCUCUUUCGAUGUGUUAUAAAUUAUAAUAUUGAUACUAAGGUGGUGAUUUUCCUGUAAAUAGAAUCUCUCGUUGCGACAUGCUGUGGGCAGCAUCACACAUACUAGAAGCCUACAAGCAAAUAAGUGUUACUAGUAUUAAUCGGCGUUGUGGCAUCGUUGCGAAUAUUCGUUUUUUUUUAAAUUAUUUCAUUUUUUCAAGUAUUUCGAUCUAAUGUUUGAAAAAUAAAAAAUCAGUAUUGCUUCUUCGUUAUUUGUGAUAAAACAAUGUCUGUACAAGUAUUCUUUUUAGUCCUGUAGGCUUCUAAAUAUAUACUUUGCGCUUAUACUUGAUAUACUCUAAUAAAUAUGAACUGGUACCAUUUGGAUUGAUUUUGGAGAUAUUUUCUUGAUCAUGGGAUUUUACAGUAAUCAAUAAUCAGAGGUAUUAAAUUAUACUUCAUACGAUUCAAAUAAAUAUAUUUUUUUUCUUAAAACUUCUUGAGCUCUUAGGUUGACUUUGAUUUUGAUUUUAUUUUUUCCCGACGUUUCGCUUCUGUCUAGAAGCAUUAUCAAAAGACAUAAUUAAAAAUACAUAUGUUAUAUAAAUUCGAUAAAAUAUGAAAUAAAUUUUUUGUUAAAAUUAUUUUAUUAAAAAUGUCUAAAGGUUAGGUUUUUUAUUUUCUUUUAUUUUUUCGAUUAUGAAUUUUAUCAGCACCAUAUAAAUGAUUAUUUGGUAUUGACAUUAUUUGGGAGCAUAAUAUUUGCCUGUGUAAUAACUAAAGUAUCAGCUGAAGGUUUUUCCAUCGAUAUAUAGCCAGAUAACUUAUAUAUUUAUUCACAGUUAUAUAUAAGCUAUCAUCAAUAAAAUUUUUAUUUAAGACCAAAUCUCUGAAAAUAUAAUUCUUUUGUCAUGUUAGAGGCGGCAGCUGAUGCAUAGUCAGCUGAUUAUUUUGUUCCUUCGAGAUAUUGGGAUAGUGACAAUUUUUAGCUGGAAGGAAAUGACUGAAUUUUUUUUGUCGUGCAUUGGAGGCUACUGUCGCUCAUCCCACCCACCGAGCCGCACCUGACGUUCACUAGGCUUUAUUACCAGGGGCGCAACAACUUAACUCUCAAAGGGGAUGUACAGCGAAUCAUUUAUAAUGACUAAAAAAAAGGUAGCCACAAUUGCAAUGGACUUGUUGCAUGUCGCUAUAUCUUAUGAAAAAUGACGUGAAAAAAGAAAACGAAUAAAAAAAAUUAUAAAAUUUAAUAUCUAUCUAAACUUACAUCAUGCUCUUUUUUUCGGAGCUCAUUAAUUUCACUCACUCACUUUAAACAAUUAUUCAGUAAUACAAUACUUAAUAUUUACCGUUAUAAUUAUUGGAUCCACUAAUGUCUUGUGAAACAUCACUAAGCACAACAGGAAUAUCAGGAUUCUGCAGUGUACUUUCGACUUCUGUUUCUUUCUAUUUUUGCAAUAGAAAUAUAAAAUGAAUGCACUCGUCUAAAAGGAGGUAUCCACUUAUUUUUAGAGAGUGUGAAGACACCUUGGACACCUCCCGUUGUUGCGCCCCUAUUUAUCACAUAACUCUCUGAUGUAUUCUACCAAUGAUCAUUGGAGAAGAAAUAAUUAACCAAAUUUUCACCUGGCUCCCAGACUAUAACAUUAACAUGUAGGUUUGUACAUAGGCACACAUAUUAUUACAAUUACAAUAUUUUCAUAGAAAUAAACUAUAACAAAGAAUAUUUUUGCAGUAAUUAGUAAAAUUAUAUGUUUGAAUUUUAGUCUAAACUUUGAGGGCAAAUGAUGAUGAAAAUAAAAUUUCAAUUGAUAAAGUACUUCUCAAAAACUGAAAAAAAUGAAGCAAUCAUUGAAUGCCAUUGAGGAAUAAGCGUUGCUAAACCUUUUUGGUGCUAGACAGCUUCAUCUAUUAUAGCGCAGAAUCCCAACUUUUGAAAAUAAGUGCUCUGAAGGGACUGUGAAUGCUGGUAUACAAAUAUAUUCAUAAGCAAUUUAAGAUAAUCUUGGAAAUAAACAUUUUUACUCAUUCUUAAACAGAUUGCGUUCUCUGUCAAGAUGUGAUAAUUUAAUACAUUGUUAAACCAUAAUAUUUAUUUAUACGAUUUCUAUUCAUGAGGUGAAUUAAUAGACACUGUUAAAUUCUUAAAUUAUUUACAAACUAUACACUACACUAACUUAUAAUAAUUCACUUUUCACUUCACUUAACUAAUUUAAAAAUAACUUAUUUAAAUUCUUCACUACAACUAUUUAUCAUAACCUGAAAUUAACUGCGCUACAUAAAAUCCUUAUAUAUCCCAAAAUAAUUCUGAAAAGAUCUAGAAAAAUGAGGAAACAAAACAAAUAAAUAAAUAGACCUUCCUAGAAACUAUUCAAAAGAAACAAUGUAAAUAAACCGCUUGCUAUAAAAAAGAAUAUCAAACGAAUUCCGGGUAUUCCACCGCUCUAGGGCGGUGUAGCAUCGAAAGCAUUUCAAGUACUAGAUAGAUGAAAAUAGGAAUUGCUAAGGUUUGAAAACUCAUUAUCCACAUUUGCGCAUUACUGGCAUUAAUUUCUAAAGAAAAAUCUUUUUUUAUCGUGGGUAAAAAAGGGUGCUUUUGAUGCUGUUCUAUUGGUCUAAUACUGCAAAUCGUUUCUAUAUUACUGCAGGGAGACGUUUUAAAUUCUUGGCCACUUUUGAUACUAGUGUCUUGCUUUCUAUAGCAUAUCGUUUCUUAAAUUAAAUAACAACUUUUCGUUACAAAAAACUGUGUUUUUUAUAUAUCAGUAUCAUGAUAGAUAUAAAUUUUUUUGAAAAUUGAAGAAAAUAAAUGGAUUCCAAACCUUUUUUGUCAUAUAAAUGUUUAUACAUUUAUCUUUAUAUAAUUAAUUGAGGUUUAUGAGUAUAUAUUCUUACAUUAAUUGGAAAUAAUAAUGUAUGCAUUGAUUUAUACAUUUAUGCAUUUAUACUCCAUGAAUUUGUUUUAAGAACCAUCAAAAUUAAUGGUAUCUCAAAAUCAGAUCCUUAUGGUAUUUGGUUAUCAAUUAUAUUGAUGCCGCCUCUGCUCAUCUAGCAUCUCGGCAAUAACUCGCAAUAAUCAGUAUUAAAUAUUUUGAAAAAUACGGGCUAUUAAGAAACUCUUCAGUCAAAUGUUAAUUAGAAAUAUUAGAUGUGAUUUAUGUUCAUUAAAUCUAAUUUACCUCUAUUCAAAAAUUUCUCCUCAGGACCCGGAAUUGUUUUUUAAGCUCAUCUUAAAAACACCACUACCUAUAAACUUGGUACAUUAAUUAAGUCUACCAAUUUUGUUUGUAGGCAGCACUUUUUUCACAUGCGCCAAAGACUUAAGAACUUUAUUUUCAAAAGGUAAAGGUGGAAGGUAAGUAUGCUUAGAUAGACAAAAAAAUCACAUCUAGUAUGUGUAGUUUACGUUUGGAGGGAGAAUUUCUUGCAGCUCUGAUGAAUCAUUGUUUGUUAUUUCCUGUAUUACAAAGACACUUGAUAUUCCUGUUAUAUGGCAAUAAUUUUAAAUUAUUUAUAACGGAUCGAUUUUACAAAAAGGUUGUGUUGCAUGUACUUAAGUUAUUAUAUCUUAGUACUUAUGAGGGAUUGGAAACUAUUGAUAAUACCAUCCUUGUAGGAUGACAAACUAUAACCUCAAUUAUAUGGUUAUAGUAUUAGCGUUAUAUGUAUGUGCGAAGCGAACUAAAACUGUAUUUAGUUUUUUCGCGUGUGUAAUACAUGAUCAAUAAUUUUUUAUCCUUGUAUUUUAUUUAUUGUAUUUCACAAUUUUUUGACUGAUAAAACGGUAUUUUUACAUUAUUAAUCGAGUUCAUCACUUUCUUCACUACUUCAUGAUAUUAUUCCUAAUUUUAUUCAACGAUCUCAUAUUCAUUGGAGUUUUUUUAGUAUUAAGUAGUUUACUUACAGAAAUGUCCGGAUUGGCAGCUUAUUGAAGGACUACCAAUUUUAAAGUAGAAGACUUUGAAUCUUUUUUUUUAGGUCUAAGUUAUUAGUUUUAGUCGAAUAUAUUUUGAGUUUGUGAUUCAGUACUUAAAAUUUUUAUAGUUAGAUUUAAAGUUAGUUAUUCCUCAAUAUGUUUAAGUGGUAUUGCAUUUCUGUAAGUAACCAAUUUUUUUUCUUUAUUUAAUCUAAACUUAAUUGUCAGUGCAGCUAGCCAUACAACUUGCCGACAUCUUCAGAAUCGGCUAGUUCUUAUUUUUUUUUUUCAUUUAUAACAAAAUUUGCGCAGAUCUAGUCAUGCUAUUGAUCCAUUUCUUUAUGGCAAUAAAUCCGCCUAUAACAGAUCUGACACAUUUUAAAAUGUUAGUUUUCCAUACAUUAUAGUAGUUUUUGGUAUUCUUGAAUGCACCAUUUUCAUUCUAUAUUCCUAUAUUAUACUUCCAAUCACUUCAUGCAAUUUCUUCUCCAAUAUAUUGUGUAAUAUAAUUUUUUUAUAUAUUUUCUUCCUUUCCUCAUUUAUUCUACCUGUUUCCCCUUCCAUUUCUAUCAUAUUUUUUUAAAUUCGCGAAUGAUUUUAUAUUUAUAUUUAAACUCCUGCAAAAACUUAUUUCAGUUGACUUAUCCUUAAAACUGUGUUCCAAAGAGUUCAUGAUUUUCUAAUCUACUUAACAAAUUAUAUAUUCUGAUUAGAACGUCCUGACAUCGUCAAAUCCCCAUUAGCCAUUGUUUUCUAUUAUUAUAGUUUUACUCUCUUAGUCCUCGCUCGCUUAUUUUACGUUUUUUUCUUUCCAUCUACGCUUUCCUUGGUUUUCCUCUUUUUCGGUUUUCUAGUGGUAUCCACCCAAUUACUUUGGUAGUCUUGCUUCUGUCAUUCUUUGAACCAACUGUUUUACCUUGUUUAUUCUUUAUUUUAUUUCAGCUUCAUCCGUCCCGUCUUUAUCAAAAUUUACGUCUAAUUAUCUUUAGCUAUCACAUUUUUUAAAUUGUUUCGUUAUUUUCCAGAACAAGAUCCGUGGUAUCCUCACCAAGGCAGAGAUAUUGUGUUUUUAUAAUAUUGACUUGAAAACCCCAUUUUUCAUAUUUUUUUCUCAUCGUGCAUUCACAUGCAUUUUCUUUUACUUGAGAGUAUAUUUGCCACAUAUAUUUUAAAAAGCGUAAGAGAGAUGCAGCAUCCUUGUAGACUUUUAUCAUUUCUGAAUGGUUCUGAUAUUUUAUUACCUAUUUUUAAAUAAGACCUCAUAUAUAUUCUGAAUGGCUUUUACAAGGGUGUGGCAAAUAAGUAUAAGUGUGGAGAAAGAAUUAAGCUGUAAGUUAAUAUACUGGUACAUCAUAAAGGUUAACCUGCAGUUCCUUAGCCAGUCAAUAUACACGAUAAUACAUCGCCACAUACUGCACAGCUGACAAUUGAAUUUUAUGUGACAAUGAUGGAAUAGUCAUUUAACAUCUGCUAUUUGUGAUGGACCAACCAUUCACAAUAUCAUAUCUUUUUACUUACCAUAUUUUUUAUAAUCAUAAUAAAAAUAGAUGGAUUGAUAACGAAACAUUUUAAAAUGUGAUCUGGUAUUUCAAAUCAUCAUACUAUUUAUUUUCUCAAGUAGACAGACCUGCCUACAUUCCGUAAUAGCUGUGCAUUGAGUAUCUUUAUAAAAAUUAUUGUAAUUAAAUGUACGUGUGAUUCAAGGACCAAUGCGUCUACUUUGGCUGAAUGAAGCCAUGGUUUUAAACGAAAUUAAGAGCUAUUUGACACUCCAAUUGUCAUAUUUGAAACAAAACUGUUAAAUAACUUCAACUUUUUGCCCAGUAAGUAAAAAUGUUCAUUUAUGUUCGCUGAAGUUCUCACAGCACUUUAUAAUAUUUCAACUUUAAUGAGUAUAUUUUUUAUUUUCAAUUUGUUCAAAAAUUCAAAUUUAUCUUUAUUUUUAUGCCCACAUUUCCUCAGCUUAUUUUAACAAAUAUUUUUUAGAAUAAAAGACAUCUUAAUUUGAGUAAUACAAUUGGACUGAUUCACUCUUAGUUUCGCGUCGCUCAUUUUAAAGAAAAUGAGUUCAUACUGAUGUUUUUAUACAGUAAAUUUAGAUUUUAGUCAAAAGACCCAAUUGGGACGCAUUCUCUAGUAUUACAUUGUGAUAGUUGUUAAGCAGCUAGAAAUGCGUCGAUUAUGCCAAGUUGCCGAUCGUAUCAAAUAUAGCUUCACAGUUAAAUACUCUUCUUUUUAUACAAUUCUAUUAUCGAAAUUAUGAGUUUACUCGUUUAUCAUUUUAUUGGAAUUGUGAGUUGGUUGUUCAACAUUUUUUUAAGCUACAGAUCGUUUUUUCAAUUAUGUAUAAUUAAGAAAUACUACCAGUAUUAUGAUCUACAGAGAGUUUCAGGAGUUAACUAUAGCAGUUUUUAUACAAAAAAUAAAAUCUAAUCCUUGCCAAAUUAAUGCUAAAUAUAUUAAUCAAUUACUACACUUCCUAUAACACAUAUUUUCUUAGUAGGAAUUUCUGGAAUUGUUGGUGUUAUUCAUAAUGAAUACAUUAUAUUACAUAUUAAACAUCUUGAUAAAUAUUUUUCACUAGUUAUUUUCAAUUAGAUUUGAUUUUAUUUAAUUUUAGAAUCAAUUUUAAUGCACUGAAUUGGUCAACCUGUUUCUUUCUCAUAUAAACCACAAAAAUUUCUAAAGUAUCCUGUAUUGAGCCAAAAUAAUACACUGGACCUCACAUAUAAGAGUACUUUCAAUUGGAUUUUUCCAGAAAGGCAACUUUGUGUGUUUGGGCUCGUUUUAAACAUUUUUUGCAUCAGGUAGUAUACAAUCUAUUACCUGCCCCGUAUCCCAUCAUCUUAAAAUGUUUAUGAGCUGAAAUUAUUCAAAUCAGAUAUUGGUGGCUUAUGGCCGGUUUUUUAAUACAUUUAAAAGCAGCUUUAAAUUUACAGUUCCCAUUAAAUUAAGUCGCGCGUUUAAUAAUAGGGACAACCUCAAAUGCAAACCUAUGUUUGAGUUCUAAGCUGACCCAACUGUCCACUUGAGUUUAAAAAAAUAGAAGGUUUACGACAUAAAGGAUAGAUAUCGUGUUACGUUAAGUAUGACUUCAAACUCAUCGAAAAAAUAUCGACAUAGAAAAAACUAUAUAACAACUUGUAUUUUUUUGAACGAUUUUUAAUUACUAACCCGAUAUUUACAUCAUUAUUAAAUCAAAUUCGUAUGAAUUAAAUAGUCAAUUUCUCGUUAACAAUACGUGCAACCGAUUACUCCUUAAUUCUCACACAAUCACCAGGCGGUGAAAAAGUAAAAAUUUCCGAUAACAGUGUUUUGAGAAGGUAGUUUGAGGAAGGAUACUUUGGAAGAUAUCUUUUAGAGGGGACAACGAAUAUCGCAUUCAGAGAUACCUCAUGAUAAAAUUAUAAGAACAAGGAACAUCAUAGAAAUAAAAAUUAUGCAUCAAUCGUUUAAAACCUUUAAUAUCCACAAUUAAAGAUGAUUAAAAUAAUUAUUGAAUAUAACAACUGUAAUGAAAAAUUGAUUUGAAGAAUCAAAUUGACAAACACAACAGUACGCCAUUAUAGAUCAAGCCAAAAGAAAUGUUAUGGACAAAAUAAAACACUAACACUCACUUCUACGUUUUAUUUUUUUUUCUAACGACACAUAUUUUAAAAGGACAGAGUAUUGUCUUAAAGGUGUCUUUACUUGAGAGACUAGUACAAAUCGAUUAUGGGACCACUUCACUUUAACAACCAAGUUAAAGAACCCUUUAAACUAAAGGAACCUUUAAUUAGGUGGGGAUUAUUAAAUCGGCCUUAUCGCUGAUGAUUAUUUUUCAUAACAAAUCUUUGUCUAUUUUAUUUUUAAUACCAGACAUUUUUCGACACAAAAAUUAUUUCUCUGCUUAUUAUCCUUUUAUUCUUAUUUAUGGGUUUGAUUGCAAUAUAAAUGUUUCACCUAAUAACCUUUUAAGUAACUUAAAUAUCAAUAUCUUUUUUACCCUAAUGCAUUAUAAUUUCUCUUAUUCCUCAAUUUAAAUCGGUUUGUGGUUAUUUACAAUGUCUGCAUGAUUUCAUUACAAAUCUAUUUUAAAAAUAUUCUUAUCACAUAUUGUUUUCGAUACUGAUUAAAUUUCACAACUUUGCUAAUCCUGAUUCCAUGAUUUUCUAUUUGAUUUGUACACUUUUAUUCCAUGUAGCAUAUUUUUUAUUACUAUUUGAAAUAUUUGUAGAUUACCGGUGACAAUUCUCUGGAACUAGUAUUAAUAGACAAUACUCAUUUUACCGAAAUUCUAAAUAUAAUUAUUUCGGCCCAUGAAUACCGAAAACUAUUCUUCGUCAAUUAUUUUAUGCAAUCCCCCUCAAACUGCUCCACUGAUGAUAUAAAUGCAUGUUGCCAUGCUGCAACCCCGUGCCAUAUUAUUUAGAGAAUUGCAAAGAAUUUUUAUAUUUCAACCGGCUAAAUUUGUUUUAUACGCUUUAUUCAAAUAGUUAUAAAAAAGGCCGUAUGACUUUUCGCGAGAAGGUUAAUAUUUUUAGAGAUAUGAAUUUUCUUUUCACCCUUGAAAAAUAUAUUGGAAAAAAAAAUAAAAUAUAAAUAAUAUUUUUUACUCAUUAUAUACAUCAUAGUUAAUAAUAUUCUUACUAGAGAUUUGAGAAGAUUUCAUUGGUUAUACCUGUUUUUAAAUUGUUAAUUUCGCUUACUAAGAAUAUACGUCUCUUACCUUUAAGUAUCGCACUCUCUUACUCAUGCACUGCAUCGUCCUCCGUGUCCUGAAUCAUUAUUUAUCAUUUAUCUUAAAAACCAGUAAUUUUAUCAAAAUUGUUUGGAAGAGCAAUAUUAUCAAUAAUUAAAUUGUCUACAAUUUGUUUCUAAUAUUUUUUUUAGGAAUCAAUUUUACAAAAGUUAUUCAAACAUGAAGGAAUAUGUGAUUUAAAUUACUUUUUUUAUCAGUUUAUAUUUUUUUUGUUACUAUCAUAGUAAUUUAUACAUUUCUAUUAACAAUAGAAAGGUACAAUGGUAUUUGAAUAUUUUUUGGAAUCACAAUAAUAUAUAAAUAAUUAAAAAAUAUUGGUGCAUAAUUAUGAGUACGCAAAAUUGACGAUUAGAAAAACAGGUAUAAUCAAUGAAAUUUUCUCAUUUCUAUUGAGAAUAUUAUUAACUAUUGUAUAGAGGAUCAGAAAAAAAGUAAUAUUUAUAUUUUAUUUUUUUUAAUAUAUUUUUGAUGGGUCAAAACUUACCCAAAUUUGAGAUUUUUCGAACUUCAAAAAUUCAUAUUUCUAAAAAUAUUAACCUUAUCGUGAAAAGUCAUAGGACUGUUUUAUUUGUAUUUCAAUAAAGCAUAUGAAAAAAUUAAUCCUGUUGAAAAAUAACACUUUGCCAUUGUUUGAAAAAUUUCGAUUUAAGCAACAAAGCACGGGGUUGUCCCAUCAGUUGAUAGUUGACAGUUGAUACCAUCAGUAGGGCAAUUUUAAGAGGAUUGCAUAAAAAAAUUGAUAUGGAAUAGUUUUCAAUACUCAUGAGCCGAUUCCUCCUGCACUAAUCCAUUAUAUAGUUUGCAACAUAAUUUUUGUUUCCAAAUAAUUAGAGUUGUAGCAAAAUUUGAAAGAUUGUGAAUAUAUUUAAUAAACAUUAACAAACUUAAUUUGAAAGCUAUAAUUUGUAGAUUGUUUAUAAUGUCCAAAAGUGCCACCCGUCAUUCUGGAAAUUCCAAUACAAAAAUUAUGUUUAAAUGUGCUCAGAAUCUGUAAUAAUAUACUGUUGAUAUUGAACAACAAACCCUGAAAUUUUUGCUUUUGGCCAUUUAGUUUUCUAACUUUACACUGUUAAAAAAAUUGGGCUGUGUGAUUGUCUUUAUAUGCUGCAAUUUGCCUAGAUCGAAACAAAAAAAAAUAUUUCAUAUAUCACCUUGGAAUUUUCAAUAAAAAAAUAUGCCUAAAUGUGUUAUUAUAUGCCGCAAAUAUUAAAAUUUAACCGUCUAAGUUGAUUCAAUCACUUAUCAUAAUAAAAACACAAGAAUUGUUAUUUGCUUUUUUUAGAAACCAAUUUCGAUUGGUGCUGUGGGCUGGGUUUCAAAAUAAAACUGUUUAAGCCUUUUUUAGAACGCCAACGUUUCGAACUUUUAUUUGAUCUUUAUCAAGGCCAAAAACGUUGGCAAGGCCACAACUCGGAACACCAUUCGAAAUUACAUAAUAGGAAGGACAAUGAUAUCAAAAAUGAUAUAAACCAAUAUUAAUAAAAACAUGUGAAAAUAUCGCAGCAUUAUAUUCAUUAUUAUUAUGAUUCUCUAAAAAAUUGUUAAAAUGAUUUUCAAUAUUUACAGUAGGGUGACUCAAAACUGUUUUAUUUUACAACUGAUACGGAAAAAUGGACUUCUAUUCUUAGUCCAAUGGUAAAAAAUUCAUAUCUCAUCAUUAAUUGAUUGUACAGAAAAGAGUUUUUGAAAAAUUUUGGAGAAAAUUCGAUGCUCUUCAAAAAAGGUAUAUUGUAUUUUUUCUGUAAACCUCUGUAAACAUUUGAAUGAUAUUGAAGAUUUAAGUUUGAUUAUUUCAAGUCAAAUGUCAUUUAUGAAUUUUUUAACUAUUCAAUAAAUGGCUAUUAUAAAAUGCUCAAUACAAAUUUCUAUAGAAAAUUAACUGUUUCAUUAAAAUAAUAUCUUAUAUUUUGAUGAUUAAAUUAAGCGUAUAAGUUGGAAUUUCUGGAACCGUUGGCGAUUUUAAUACUGAAUACACUGUUUACACCACCACUACACCAACACUCACGAUUACAAUGUCUGACGCGCGUUUCGUUAAUCAAAUUAUAGUCUUCAGAGACUGAAAACAUUUUGCCUUCAGUUUCUAAAGAUAACUUGGUGUAAAUAGUGUAUUCAGUUUUAAAUUCAAUUGAGCAGUCAAAAAAUAUUCAUCAUCAAACUUUCACGUGUACUGAUAUUAAGAGUUUUUAUUAUGUAAUCAAUCAAUUUAUGAAUUUCAUAGAAAAUCUUUUUUUUGCCAUUAAUAACUAACAAACUAACUUAAUUGAAAUAAAAUAAUUUUUUUAUAACCAAUUGGGAAUUUUGUUCGCUAAAACUGAAACAUGUAUUUAUAAUGAAACCUACCUUUUUUUAAAAAAAAUUAACUAAACGGUGAAUAGUGUACAAUUCAUUUUUUUAAUGUUAAAAGUUUCUCAGUUGAUGAAAACUAAAAUUUGUGUAAAUUUUCUCACAAUUUAUAAUUUGAAUUGGAAUUUUUCGAUUAUUUAAUAAAAAAUCUCGUAAAAUCUGUACACAUGAAAGUUAGAUAAUGAAUAUCUUUUGAACACUUAGUUUAAUCGCCAAAACAUAAGAUACCAUUUUUAUGAGGCACUUAAUUUACUACAAUAAUUUGAACUGUGUAUUUUAUGAUAGCCAUUAAUUGAGGAGUUAUAAAAUUCAUAAACAAAAAUGAAAUUUGACUUGAAAUAAUAAAACUUAAAUCUUCAAUAUUCAAACGUUGAGGUUUACAGAAAAAAUACAAUAUAUCUUUUUUUGAAGAGCAUCGAAUUUUCUUCAAAAUUUUUCAAAAACUUUUUUCUGUACAAUCAAUUAAUGAUGAUGUAUGAAUUUUCUACCAUUGGACUGAGAAAAAAAUAAAAAGCUGCGAUGCCGAGGAUCUUCCUAUUAAAAUUAAGAGCUCAUAUUUGGUGAGAAUUUUUUUAAGGUGUCUAGCAACCCAUUUUUCCGUCAAUUGUAAAAAAAAUAGUAGAUUUUUUUUACUCACCCUAAUUUACAGCACAUGCUAACAUAUUUUUAAGAUUUGUUUUUAGUAAUUAAAAAAACUAAUUCGGUAUUUGGUAGCUUUUUAAGUAAAAUAUUUUUAAACAUGAUUUGUUUGCAAAUGUUAUUCAGUGCCAAAUUUUUGAUGAAUAUAUAUUUCGAUUUGCAACUUCGCACUGGUUUUAAAGAACACAAAGAAAUUAUUUUCAACCUCAAUAACGAUCAGAUUAUUUGGUAUGCAUCACUGUAAAUAAAACCAAAGAUCGAACGAAGAUUAAUAUUGUGUAAGAUUCUUUAUCUUCUUUAAAUCCACAAGGGCAUUUAGAAUAGGAGACUCUGUAAAUUAUUAUCAAGUUGACAAGCAAUAAGCAUUGUGAGACAGAAUGAACAACCCUCUAUUUUUGUAUCCAAUUAUAAUUGUUAAGACAAAUAAAAGUGGUUUAGUUUCACUUAUACAAGUGAAUUCUUACUCAAGAGAAAAAAAAAACUGUAAAUAGUAUGGUAUUUUACUCAAGAGGGUCUGAAUGAUUGUGACAAAUGAAACUUGGUUAGAACAAAAAAAUAAUAAUUUAGAUAUUAAGUCGAAUCAGAAGAGUUGAGGCAGCAGUUUUAUGGAAUAAAUUUUCAUAUUAUAAGUUGAAGAUAACAAUUGAAUGUAUUUAAACCUUAUUAAACCAGUGAACAAGCAAAACUUCAUCAAGAAAAACAGCAUCUAUGACAAUUAAUUGUAAAGGAAUUAUUAUUUUGAAUCCUUGACGACGAAUAGAGUAAAAAAUAUAUAAAACCUUGUACUUUCCAUCAAUUAUGCUUUGAGAGUGAAGGUAGUCUUUUGGUGUAUAGGUUUUUUUGUUACACUAAACAACUAUAGCGAAACCAUUAAUUCAGUUUUAUUAUUCUUUCUCAUUGUUCUUUUAAAUACUAACUGAUGCACUAACCUGGGUGCCUUUUCACUGUUAAUUGUUAUUUUUUUAAAUAAUCACAAUUAUAUGAGGUGUGUUUCGGAAAAUAACGAGAAUCACAGCCUAAAAAAAUAUUCAUCCACACUAAUAUUGUCCCUUCAAAUAGUCCUCGUUAGAUAUUACACACUUGUGCCAGCUCUACUUCCAAUCCCUCUUCAGCAAUGCGCUUUUAAUGCAAAACGAUAAGGUUUCCUUCAAUAUUGGAAAAAGAAAAAGUCACAUAAACAAUGUCUGGCGAAUAUGAAUGCCUGGGAAUUAUUACAAUUUUUUUCCCAAAUAAACCAUGAAUUGGUUUUCUUCGUUUCUGGCCCUUUUUUUCGAAUUGCUUGACACAAACGGCGUUGAGAUUGUAAGUAAUGCUAUUCAUUAACCAUUUCUUUCACAUUUUAUACACUUUCAUCAGGACUGUAAUCUUAUGGUAUUCAUUAACUUUUGUGUCACUUUAGCAAAUGCAUCGUGUUUUACAUACUAUAUUAAGCAUUAUUUCUUUCCAUAUGUCAAAUUUAAUAUGAAUUUUUUGAACCAUUAUUUCUCAUAAGCAAAAGCUUCGAAAACUACGCCUAACCCUAGCAACUACCAGAGACAACAGUUGGGAAACAAAUUGACGAUGAGAUUGUCUAAACCUAUCAAAUUUAACAAUUCCCGUUAUCUUCUAAAUACACCUCUUAUUCGAUUUGUAUCUACUUUCCUGAUGAAUAAAGUUUUGACUUUGUCAUUUAAUAUUUUAGAUGUUAAAUAAGCCGAGGUAAACAAUGUAGAAGAUUAUUUUCAUUUAAUAAGAUUAUUUAAUAUCUACUAUUUUCCAUAAAACAAGUUGGCUCCUCAAAACGUUAAAAAUAAAAAUAUUAGAAAUUUUCGAUGGCCGGAAUACAGUUUCUUUCAAUUCAAGUAGUAAAUUCCGGUACUCUGUCAAAAAUUUUUAAUAGGUUUUGUAUUUGUUACACAGACAUUAACAUUUAGCUAGUUGUCGUACGUAUUUUAAAGUUACUGUAGUAUUAUAAGUAAUGUAUAAUUUUUUUUCAUAGAGUUUAGGUAUUAGUGUAUGUAGUAUGUAUAUCUGUGUAGUGUAGUAUGCGGCGUAUUGUCGCAGAUGCACUGUAGUACAGUCGUUCUGAAUAAAGUAGUUUAAUGAAA